AUGGCUCUAACAGCCACCAAGAGCAGUGCAUCUAAAAGUGCGUCCAAGAGAAGGUACUACAGCUCAUCUGACAGUGAUGAUGACUACUCUUCCGUGGUUGAUGAGGGAGCCUCUGGCACUCUUGACCUUCAUCAUACACCACUUGUAUCCAAAUAUGAUGAUCGAAUCAGACCCUUGCUUAACUGCGUUGAUAACCUCCGUCAUCUUAAGGUGAUGCAAGAAGGGAUCCAACUCCCGACCAUCGUUGUUGUUGGUGACCAGUCGUCUGGGAAAUCCAGUGUGCUUGAGUCACUUGCUCGAAUCAGCCUCCCUCGUGCACAAGGCAUUUGCACCAGAGUACCAUUGAUCAUGAGGCUACAGCAUCAUGCAGACCCUCGCCCUCAGCUCCAUUUGGAGUACAACAAUAAAAGUGUUGUUACUGAUGAAACUCGCAUCGAAGAGGAUAUUAUUGCAGCGACGGAUGAGAUUGCUGGAAAUGGGAAAGGCAUAUCACAUACUCUGCUCACACUGAUCGUGAAAAAGAGAGGUGUCCCUGAUCUUACCAUGGUUGAUUUGCCCGGAAUAACCAGAGUUCCUGUUCACGGUCAACCCGAAGACAUCUACGAGCAGAUAUCUGCAAUCAUCACCGAGUACAUAACUCCGGAGGAGAGCAUCAUUUUGAAUGUGCUCUCUGCCUCCGUUGACUUUUCAACUUGUGAAUCCAUAAGAAUGUCUCAACGAGUGGACAUAACCGGACAAAGGACGCUUGCUGUUGUUACCAAAGCAGAUAAAAACCCCGAAGGUCUUUUAGAAAAGGUUACAUCGAAUGAUGUAAACGUUGGCCUCGGGUAUAUCUGUGUCAGGAAUAGAGUGGGUAAGGAGAGUUAUGAGGAAGCUAGGAUCAAGGAAGCGAAGCUGUUUGAGACACAUCCUCUACUGUCGUUGGUUGAUAAGUCCAUGGUCGGGGUCCCUGUUUUGGCUGAAAAGUUGGUCGAGAUUCAAUCGACAAUCAUAUCAAAGUGCCUCCCGGAUAUCGUCACAAAGAUCAACGAGAAACUUACUGGGUAUGUCGAUCAAUUGAACAAGUUACCUCGGAAGAUGACCUCUGUUGCAGAAGCCAUGACGGCGUUCAUGAGAAUCAUCGGUUCUGUUAAAGAAUCGUUGAGAAAGAUCCUGAUUAGAGGCGAGUUUGAGGAGUACCCGGAUGUUAAAUCCAUGCAUGGAACUGCUCGUCUAUCAGAAAUGUUGAAUGAGUACUUUUUCAAACUUCAAGCCACUGCUGACAAUGAAGGAAAUGGGUUUUUCUUGAUGGAAGAAAUCAGAGUUCUGGAAGAAGCCAAAGGGAUUGGACUACCCAACUUCCUUCCUCGAGCAGCUUUUCUCACCAUACUCAACAGAAGGGUAAAUGGAAUUUCUCGUAUGCCUGUUGAAUUCGUUGGGAACUUGUGGCAUUAUAUUGAAGAUGUUUUGAUCAGUGUCUUGUUGCGUCAUUCCGAGAAUUACCCUCCACUACAAUCUUCAAUGAGAAGAUCUGCACACAAUUUGAUGGCAAAGAUUAAGGUGGCUUCUGUUAACAGAGUGACGGAGAUGGUGGAGAUGGAGAAGAUGACAGAUUAUACUUGUAAUCCAGAGUAUACACUAAUUUGGCAGAAGCUGAUGGCUCAUGAACAAACUUUCAUGGAGGCCAUCAUUGAUCAUUCAAAGUCAGGGAAGAUUAACAUCGAGUGGUUGAACUAUGAGGUGGAGCAUCUGAGAAAGUAUGGUGUUGAUGUGGUGAAACAAGCAUUUGAUAUGAAGAUGAGAAUGAUUGCUUAUUGGAAGAUCGUGUUGAGAAGAAUGGUGGAUUGUAUGGCUCUUCAUAUGCUUUUUAGCAUUCAGAAUCUAGUUAACAGGGACAUGGAGGUGGAGAUACUGGAGGAGUUAAUGGCACCAUAUGGUGGUGGUAUUGAGCGGAUGUUGGAGGAGGCACCAAUGGUGGCAGGAAAACGGGAUAAGUUGAACAGAAGUAUAAAGUUGCUGAGGGACUCUAAAGAAGUUGUGGCAAACGUGAUUGAUCAAAUCGCUGCAUAUGGUGAUUAG